GGUUCAGAGGCCGCCCUGCGCCGUGCCAGCGGUCAGACUCAGUCUAAGCGGACCUCUGUUUGCGCGCUAAGACUGAAGAAUGACCCGAAGCGUCCGCAGUCCCGCGCGCCCUGCUCCCUGACCAGAAUGUCUCUCCUCGCUCUGAACCUCAGCAACCUCAGCAGCCCGGAGCUGCGCGCGACCGACGACCCGAGGGACGAGCAGCUCGCGCGCGUGGAGAUCGCGCUCCUGGGUCUCAUCUUCGUCACCGCCGCGCUGCUCAACUCCGCUCUCCUGCUGCUGCUGCUGCGGAGGCGCGAGCGUUUGACUCGCAUGCGCGUGUUCGUGCUGCACCUGUGCGUGGCCGACCUGACCGUGGCCUUCUUCCAGGUGUGCCCGCAGCUCGUGUGGGACAUCACGGACCGCUUCGUGGGGCCGGACCCCGUGUGCCGCCUCGUGAAGUACCUGCAGGUGGUGGGCAUGUUCGCGUCCGCCUACAUGAUCGUGGCCAUGACGGUGGACCGCUACCGCGCCGUGUGCGACCCCAUGGCGAGGCUGCGGCGUGGCGUGCGCGCGCGCUGCUCGGCGCCCGUGUGCGCGGCGUGGUGCGUGGCGCUGGCCGGCGGACUGCCGCAGGUCUUCAUCUUUUCGCGCGUGCAGGUGGCGCCGGGCGUCUUCGACUGCUGGGCCGAGUUCGCGGAGCCGUGGGGACUGCGCGCCUACGUCACGUGGACGGCGCUCGCCGUCUUCGUGGUGCCCGUGGGCGCCGUGCUCGCGUGCCAGGUACGCAUCUGCCGCGCCGUGAGGGCCAGCGGCCAGGCGCGGUGCCUCGAGACUCAGCCACGCGCGUCUGGCAUCUCCAAGGCGCGCGUCAAGACCGUGAGGAUGAGCGUGGUCAUCGUGCUCGCCUACGUGCUCUGCUGGGCGCCCUUCUUCACCGUGCAGCUGUGGUCAGUGUGGGACAGCGAGGCGCCCACUGAGUCUGCUCCGUUCACCAUCCUGAUGCUGCUGGCGAGUCUGAACAGCUGCGCCAACCCCUGCAUCUACCUGCUGUUCAGCAGAGAGCUCCCCGAACACUGUCUCUGUCUCACACGCAAAGAGAGGAAGUUCUCGGUGCCUGAAGAGGCCACUAUUCUCAGUUCUGUCUACCUGAGCUUCAAAAGCCUCUCUGACUGUAGGUAAAACGAAAAAAUGUGGGUGUAGCGGCUCUGGACUGUCACCUGGUUUACUCCUGCUAGUCAAAGGGAAAGUAUGACCCAUAGUGUGAACAGCCAUUACACUGAGUUUGGGCUUCAUUCUGACAACUUGGAGUCGCAUCAUUGUCUAAGUGCAUCAUGUAAAAUAUUAACUAUUAUUGCUAGAGUUGCUGUUUACAUCAGUAUGUUUCGGUUCCAGUGGUUUAACAGGUGUUACUUUGUACUGACCAAUGUGCAACGCUGUAAUAAAUGAAUGGCAGUCAUGUUUAAUGUACUAUUUGCUUCAUGUAGCCAGUGUUAAUUUACUCUUACAGUGGUUGUUUGUGUCCAGCUGGACUUUGCUGAGUAUGAAUAUACAUUUAGUAUACAAGUAGAACAAGUAGUAGUUUUUGCUUUCGUCUAAUGUGAAUGCUAAAUCUGAGCGAACUGACCUGAAUGUCCACUUACAGAAGGUCAUUAACGCAGACAGAGCUGAAUAUUUGCAUAUAGAUUGUUAUUAAUGAUCUGAGCUGAGUGUCCACUUAUAGAAUGACAUUAAUAUAAAAAGAGCUGAGUGUCCACUUAUAGUAGGUCAUUAAUGUGAUUGAGCUGAAUGUCCAUUUAUAGAAGGUCAUUAACGUGAUUGAGCUGAAUGUCCAUUUAUAAAAGGUCAUUAACGUGAUUGAGCUGAAUGUCCAUUUAUAGAAGGUCAUGGGACUGAGCUGAAUGUCCAUUUAUAGAAGGUCAUUAACAUGAUUGAGCUGAAUGUCCAUUUAUAGAAGGUCAUUAAUGUGAUUGAGCUGAAUGUCCAUUUAUAGAAGGUCAUUAACGUGAUUGAGCUGAAUGUCCACUUAUAAAAGGUCAUUAACGUGAUUGAACUGAAUGUCCACUUAUAGAAGGUCAUUAACGUGAUUGAGCUGAAUGUCCAUUUAUAGAAGGUCAUUAAUGUGAUUGAGCUGAAUGUCCAUUUAUAGAAGGUCAUUAACGUGAUUGAGCUGAAUGUCCAUUUAUAAAAGGUCAUUAACGUGAUUGAGCUGAAUGUCCAUUUAUAGAAGGUCAUUAAUGUGAUUGAGCUGAAUGUCCAUUUAUAAAAGGUCAUUAACGUGAUUGAGCUGAAUGUCCAUUUAUAGAAGGUCAUUAAUGUGAUUGAGCUGAAUGUCCACUUAUAAAAGGUCAUUAACGUGAUUGAACUGAAUGUCCACUUAUAGAAGGUCAUUAACGUGAUUGAGCUGAAUGUCCAUUUAUAGAAGGUCAUUAAUGUGAUUGAGCUGAAUGUCCAUUUAUAAAAGGUCAUUAACGUGAUUGAGCUGAAUGUCCAUUUAUAGAAGGUCAUUAACAUGAUUGAGCUGAAUGUCCAUUUAUAGAAGGUCAUUAACGUGAUUGAGCUGAAUGUCCAUUUAUAAAAGGUCAUUAACGUGAUUGAGCUGAAUGUCCAUUUAUAGAAGGUCAUUAACGUGAUUGAGCUGAAUGUUCACUUAUAGAAGGUCAUUAACAUGAUUGAACUGAAUGUCCACUUAUAGAAGGUCAUUAAUGGGACUGAGCUCAAAGUCCACAUAUAGAAUGACAUUAAUAUAAAAAGAGCUGAAUGUCCAUAUAGAGGGUCAUUAAUGUGAUUGAGCUGAAUGUGCCCUUACAGAAGGUCAUUUAUGUAAACAGAGCUGAAUGUCCACUUACAGAAUGUCCAUCUAGUGAUGCCCGUCCUAUGUUUCCUAAGAGUGCUCCUGUGCUCAUUAUUUAAAUAUUGUAAAUAUUGUAAAAUAUAUAUUCUAUUUGUG